CAAACCACACACCACCCGAGCCAUCACCAAACAAAGGACACUCCUGCUGAAGAGAGCUGUUAACUAUCCGUUUUCCUAACCAAAAUUGCUAUGGCCAAUGCGUCCCACAACGUUCCAGCACCGCCCCUUCCUGUGGACCCUUCUUGGAAAGAGACAUCUGAUUACGAGACUGCAGAGAGUGAAUAUUCUACCGCUUCACUCACUGAGUCUGUCCGAGCGUAUCGAUACGAAAAUGGGCGUCGAUACCAUGCUUUCAAGGAAGGGCAAGGAGCCUGGUCUCGUAGUUUGGUAUCCUAUCAAGCUAACUUGGAGUAGGAAAUAUCUCAUUCCAAACGACGAAGCUGAACAAGACAGAUUAGAUAUCAUUCAUCACGUCUUUCUCCUUUUGCUUGAUGGCAAGCUGUUUAGAGCUCCUAUUGGCGAUGACAUUCAGAGGAUCUUGGAUGUUGGAACCGGUACGGGAAUCUGGGCUAUGGAUGCCGGGGAAGCCUACCCUGCUGCAGAGGUUAUUGGAACAGAUCUUAGCCCAAUUCAACCAAGCUGGGUUCCCCCCAAUGUGAGCUUUCAGAUUGACGACGCAGAAUCGGAUUGGACUUUUGGAAGUAACUCAUUCGAUUUAAUUCAUAUUCGCCAUUUAAAUGGUGGAAUCAAGGAUUGGAGGAAACUUAUCGGGCAGGCGUUCAAGGCCCUGAAACCUGGCGGCUGGCUAGAUAUUGCGGAGUACGAAUGCUUUCUUCGGAGCGAUGACGGAUCUUUGUCCGCUGAGAGUAGCCUGUUCAAGUAUUAUGAACUCGUAAACGAAGCUGCCGAUAAAAUGGGCCAGGAGUUCAAAAUUGCUGCCUCUUUGGAUCAGUUUAUUCUAGACGCCGGUUUUGACAAAGUUCGCCACGAAGAGAUGAAAGUCCCCCUCGGAACCUGGCCGGCCGAUAAAAAGCAAAAGGAGAUAGGGGCAUUUCUCCUUCUUACCACUGAGCAUGCCUUUGAAGCCUUUGGAAUGGCUCUCCUCACUAGAGCGCUUGGAAUGGGGAUUCCAGAGGUCCAAGAAUUGAUUACGGCGGCCAAGAGGGAAUCCCGUAGUAGAAAGAUUCACCCUUACACGAACCAGCAUUUUUACUACGCGCAGAAACCCUUCGAUGAUAGUGACUCCGAGUGAUCAUGUCCGAUGGGGAAAUUGGACAUUUCAAGAUUUUCGCAUAACGGGAGGACCCUUGCAGGAUACAUACUCCAGCCCACCUUAUUCUGUUCCACCUCUUGUGUUUUCUUGGACACGUCAGUCGUACCCCUGUAGAUAAAAUUUUGUUUGGCUCUUCCCCUCUUUUGAUAGUUAUAAUUUCACAGGAUUCGAGUGAUAUCUAGUGACAGCAACUGUGACCUACCAGUAUCGCAUCUUUUGAUGAGACUGCAAUCCAGCACUACUGGUAGCAACUGCUGUGAUGCUCAGAAACAUUCGGCUAUAACUCAGUCCUCCUGCACACAACUCUCAUGCCUCCAAGUGCUCGAGGAUUAUCCUCGGAUAACCGCCAAGAAAGGCAGCGGACGGCUAAAAAUACCGUACUGCACCAGCUUAGGUUGGGUCCGUCGGCCGGUGCUCCGGUCCCUAAUAGAAUAAUCGCAGCCACACGUCACAUCUCUCGCACAAGGUAACCCAUCAUUUUGCAAUACCGUCCGAUGAUAUACCUCGAGCAACGCUCGACCACGACGUCGGUCGGCUGGCGUCAACAGACCUCGAGGGGCCGCAAUUUUCUGUGGAACCCACCGGGUCGCAAGCCAAGCCAAGCCACUGCCAGUCCGGUAGGAUACCCGAGUAGGAUACGAGCAGCAGCUGCAGUUAGCGAAUAUAGGGAAACCCGCACUCCCUUGUCUGUCCGUCUGCCGGCAAUUUCGGAGUGUGGUGUGCCGUAUUUUGCAUGACUAUGAUACAUAUGCUCGGCUGCAUGUGGGGAAUCAUUAAUAUUAGUCGGUACUGUGCUUGUGAGUUAGGGCGUGAGUGACCUGACCUGUCUGCUUAAAAGAACUGGACGAGGAGAGAUGAAGUUCAACUUAUUAUACGGUACCGCGUGACAUUGGUAGUGCAGGGAGGCGUUGGAUACGGAAGUCCGAGGAGGGGAGGAGAUGGGGCCUGCGGGGUUCCAAGACUAUGGAAUAGUGUGGCGGUGGCAAGUUGUGGUUUUCACGGCUGAGGUAUGAUACUAUAGAGGGGGCAAGAGGCGUGAUGUGUGGUUCCCGGGUUUGCGAGUGAGAGGACGUGAGUGGAGUUAUUGGAGGUGGGGAGUGUUGGAUGCGUGGGGGUUGGAGGGGGU